AAGUGCUCGUAUCGCGCGCGCGAGUGCUUAAACCUCCAAUUUUCAGUUUAGCUUCAGUUUCUGUCGGACUGCCGUCGUAGUAGCAUUUACCUACGUAGAUUAAUGCCGCUUUUUUGCACACGUGUUUGACCGAUUCUUUUAACGCAAAGCUCGCUCUCAAAUUUUCUUGUUGCGCUCGUCGCUUUGCGAGGGAAAAUGUACGGUCGCAUCAACCAGUUUUGUUAUACGAAUGUAGUAUGAGCUUUCGAUAGGUUCUGUGAGAAAAAAAGGGAUUUUUUAAAAGCUGUGUGUUUUGUGGGCGACCGCUGCUGCCUUUGCCAUGAUUAUUUCAAAAGAUCUGUUCUUGCUGGGAGACCAAGACUACUUGCGACUCCCCAACAAGGACGAGAAGAGGCCAGCGAUGAUAAGACCAGUUGUUAAGUCACCAAGAUCUGAAACGACCACAGUACAUUUUCCAUGCCUUAUCACGGAUCACCGCCCGCUCCCGGUCCAUUUAGCUUUUAGGGGUUUAACAGUGAGCGCAGGAACGCGACAGAUAUUAAGGGACGUCGAUGGAUUAGUUCGUCCGGGUCAAUUACUAGCGGUUUUGGGACCUUCUGGCUGUGGUAAAACGACGUUAUUGAACUGUCUCAGUGGACGUUUAAAAUUAGAUUCGGGACAAAUUUUACUAAAUCGGGACUCGUUGUGUAAAAGAUGGAAGAGGAGAAUGUGCUACGUUUUACAGCAGGACAUUUUUUUCGCGGACCUGACGUUACGGCAAACUUUAGAAUUUACGGCACGUUUAAGACUACCCGAUACGAUGAGUCAUUCGCAGAAGAUGCAGUACGUGGACCACAUCAUAGACGUUUUGGAGUUAACAAGCUGUCAAGACACCAUUAUAGGAGAUUAUAUCAAACGAGGUUUAAGUGGCGGAGAAAAAAAGCGGGCGAAUAUCGCAUGCGAACUUCUCACCAAUCCAUCUCUUAUGCUUUUAGAUGAGCCAACGUCGGGAUUAGAUUCGCAUUCCGCCUAUAGCUUAAUGUCUAUACUGAAGAGGUACGCGUUUUCCGAAGGAAAAACGGUCGUAGUCACCCUUCACCAGCCAUCAUCACAAAUCUUCCACCUCUGCGAUAAAUUGCUCCUGCUGUGCGGCGGCGAAUCUGCCUACUACGGCGACACUUCCAAAGUUGUAGAUUUUUUUAGCAACGUAGGAUUCACAAUUAAGCCCCAUUACAAUCCGGCGGAUUUCAUCCUGGAACAAGUAAAGGGUCCGACUGAAACCCGCCAAAAAAUCGUCGCCGCCGCCAAGGAGGCGCGAAAGAACAAGGACUACCCCGUGGAACUCCAAAAUCAAGACUGCCCCUAUAUACUUGACAAAUACGGAGAUCCACCCGGCCGGCCAGUAGCGUCGCCGUAUCCAAACUUGGACCCAGAAGAUACCUUAAAUUCUGUUGAUCCAGAGGUUAGAAGACUGUGGUUGGACACGCACUCGCACGCGUCUUCGUCCGUUAGUUCCGAAACGAGCGACUCCGACUGUUACUUUACGUGGCCCACGAGCUUUUGGACGCAAUUCAAGGUGUUGUCCCAGCGAAACUUUCUGGAGGCGAAACCGCGAAUGUUAUCCAAAUUGAACUGGGUACAAACCAUAGGUUUAGGACUGUUAGCUGGACUGCUCUGGUUUCAGCUCGAACGAAGGGAAGAAGCCUUACAUGACAUACAGGGAUGGAUGUUUUUUUCGACAACGUACUGGAUGCUUUUUGCACAUUUCGGCGCGCUUAGUUCGUUUCCUCCAGAGCGCGAGGUGAUAAAUAAAGAGAGGCAGUCGGGGGCCUAUCGGUUAUCCGCCUAUUAUCUAGCUAAAAUGGUCGGUGAAUUACCGCUUACUGUCACUUUGCCGGCAGUUUACCAUCUAAUAUCGUAUCCUAUGUUAGGUUUUCACUCACCGGUCGUGUUCAUAACUCUUCUGGGCUUCCUGCUACUGAACACGAUAGUGGCACAAAGUGUCGGCUUUUUUAUCGGCGCAGCCUGCAUGGACAUGCAGGUUAGCAUAACCAUCAGCGCGCUGUACACGUUAGCCACGCAACUCUUCGGCGGAUAUUUGGCGACGAAUAUACCGCCGUGGCUGACAUGGAUGAGGUACACCUCGAUGGUCCAUUACGCCUAUCAGAAUAUGCAAAUAGUGGAAUUUAGCGAAGGACAACCAAUUAAUUGUUCGCUGCAGUCCAAAUUUGAGGUUUGCAGAAAUUCAAAGCACAUUUCAGCGUCUGUGAUAUUGGAGGCACAAGGUGCACAUUUACCUUUAUGGGCGAAUACCUUAGUGCUGUUAGCGUUUCUUGUGGUGUUUAGAGUACUUGGUUACAUUGUGUUAAGAUACUUUCGAACCCCGAAAUAAAAAAACCAUUUUUGUAUGUUAAAUUGAAAAUUGAAUUGUGAUAAGUUACUUUAAAGGUCGCCGUGGUGACGACGAUAAAUGAACAAGUACCCGUUUACUCCUAAUUAAUUUUACUUAGACUGUUGUGAAUUGUUCUACUCCCACGAGUGUGGUAGGUUACUUUUUGAAACUGGCUGUGUUCUAACAUUAUAGAGAUCAUAAUGAUAAUAAUAUAACUUUUUGUAUCUACUAAGUUUUUGUCUUUUUUGUAUCGUAGCGUAUCGCAUAAUUCAUUCCAACUUGUUUUUAAUGUGAAGAAUUUUUCUUAUUGUUACCAAUACCUACUACUCCUAUUAUUAUAAUAAUGCGUGUGUUUACCUAUCUAUAGUUGAAGUUUUUAUAAAUUAGAGAGAUUUAUGUCGUUAAAAAUGCAAUAAUAAAUUCUUCAUAAUAACGACAGGUUUAUACUUUUCAAAUUUUAUAAAUAAUCUCUAAGGUGCGAUGGUGAAGCACAGUGCCUAUGUUAACGAUGUGCCAAGAACAGACAACCAGCUACGGCGACUGCCAGAUUAAAAGUCUAUGUAGGACGCGUACUACUGACUUUUCUGAACUGUAUCAUAGUAUUGUUAGGACGGUUUUCGUUUGAGAAUUCAAUUGUACGAGGUAUUACAGAUUGUAUUGUAAUAUGAUUACCAUGCAGUGUUCAUACCAUAAAUUAGUUAAAGGCGAGUCCACACAGGCAGUUAAUUUGUAGAUACUAUGUGUACUAUUUAUUAGUUUAUGUAUUUUUGUUGCUAACGCCGUGUAGGACAAUGUAAUAUAACCAUAUACAUAGAUAUUGCCUUGUAAUAACGAAUACAUGUAUUUACUUUACAUCUGUGUUCCUUCUGGCUACCGUUUAUAUUUUAUUCUUUUCUCUUUAAAUGUCAGGCAGGUAUUCAAUGGUAUCUCGAGAUGAAUAAAAAAACAUUUCAGUAUUUUAUUAUAUAUGUAACAGUUUUAUAAAAUACUGUUAUUAGCAAUUAAGAAUGACCAGACCAAACUCUUACUGCCAUUUUAUUCGUCAAUAAAAUUUUAAGCAAAUUCAAUGUUAUUGAAAAUGUUUUCUUUUAUUAAUGCAAGUUAUAUCAGGCGUUGUCAUAUCAUGCGUCAUUAAAUUUUAAAAACGUCUCGUAAACCACUUCCAUGUAUCUAAAUGUACAAAGACCUCUGCAUAUUUACUAUGUUAUAGCUAGUCCUAGAGUUUCUUAUAACUAGGAUUUUAUUUAUAUUAUUAAUAUUAUUAAA